UUGUGUCGGUGUAAGGCGCUCCGGCUCCCUCAGUCCGAGAGCGCGAGAAGCCGAGCCGGGUCGUCGAUCCGGACUGACGCCCCUCAGCAUCCCGCCGUCCUCCCGGCUUCAGAGAGGAGGAGGAGGAGGGCCAUGUCGACCGCCCUCUAUGUCCUCUCCACGCUGGGCGGCUACCUCCUCACCUCGGCGCUCCUGCUCAAGUACCCGGGCUUGCUCCACCGACCCAGGCGCCACCGGUUCCGUUGUCGGCACAUCUCCCACCGCGGCGGUGCUGGAGAGAAUCUGGAAAAUACCAUGGGAGCUUUUCGCCAUGCAGUUAAUGUGGGGACUGAUAUGUUGGAACUUGACUGCCACUUGACGAAGGAUGAACAAGUCGUGGUGUCUCAUGACGAGAAUCUGAAACGAUCAACAGGACUAGAUGUCAACAUAUCUGAUCUCAAGUACUCGGAACUCCCGCCAUACCUCUGCAGAUUGGAUGUAACUUUUCAGAAAGAGUGCUACUGUGAAGGUGAAGACAAGCGCAUUCCACUGCUGAAGGAGAUAUUUGAGGACUUUCCCCAUACCCCAAUCAACAUAGACAUCAAGGUGAACAAUGACGUGCUGAUCAAAAAGGUUUCCGAGUUGGUGACCCAGUACCAAAGAGAACAUUUGACCGUGUGGGGGAAUGUCAGUCAUGAGAUUGUGGACAAGUGUCACAAAGAGAACGCCCACAUUCCUAUCCUCUUUUGCUUGCGCCGUGUCCUGCUGCUUCUGGGCCUGUUCUAUACUGGGCUCCUGCCUUUCUUUCCCAUUCCGGAGGACUUCUUGGAGAUUCCGAUGCCUUCAAUCAUCCUCAAGCUAAAAGAACCAGAGAAGAUCUCAAGAAGUCAACGGUUUACCAUUUGGCUUACUGACAUGUUGCUAAUGAGGAAAGCAUUAUUUGACCACCUCACUGCUCGAGGCCUUCAGGUGUACAUCUGGGUACUAAAUGAAGAGCACGAAUACAAGCGAGCAUUUGACUUGGGCGCAACUGGAGUCAUGACAGACUACCCCACAAAGCUGAAGAACUUUUUGCACAACUACCCAGCAUAAAAGAGUAGCAAGGACGGUUCCUCCAAAGAAAAGAAAUGGACAGGAACAAGCCACCGAAGUUGGUCCUUUGACCCACGGUUUCUGGCAACACAUUCACCCCAUGACA